UCCCUUUCACAGCAAAAGAGCAACGCUUUUUUUCGUUAUGCAGACUUUCGCGUUCGCAUUUUGGUCACAAAUGGCAGUUUUCCGAUUUUUGUCCCUGGUUCCGUGGCUUUUCUUUAAUGGACGUCUUCUCGCGUUCGCGACACCGGGAAUUAGACCGUGCCGUCUCUACGAUCGCGCCUUCCAAGAAUUGCCAUUGGUAUGUCCUCUUGCUCUUUCUGCCUUCUAUAUUUUUCUUGCCGUCUUCCGAGAUCAUGAUCGUCCAAUGACGCGCUACGAUCCAACCAUCCAUUCCGACUCGGCAAUGCAGCUCUUUAUCCGGUCCAUAUAACGACACCCAUCAUCCUCGUUCCUAAUGUACGAUCGUAUGUGCAUAGAUUAAAACACGCAUACACAGUACGCACGCCUGUGGCCUCUUGGCUCUAGAAGCCGUAAUAGACUAGCUGACGUGCUGCUCAUAUGCGGAGACACGCGGUCCGCUGGACGGAGGCUGAAUCGAGAUUAUG